AUCCGCUCGAAUCAUUACACCUUUGCUUAUCGCGGACGGCGCGCGCACUUCUGGCCGCCGGCGGCACCUACAACUCCCUGGAUGCGGCCGUCAGCUGUGGCCGCCCGACGUCGGAAGUGGCCGCUCGGCGCGCACCCUCUUUGACGUGCCGCGGGCGGCAGGCCAUGACUCUCCGUGGCUUUUCCUUCUCCUCAUCGGAAGAUAUUCCCAACUCAUCCAAUUUCCCCUCCACACUCUGUACGGAUCCCAUCGCUGUAUUUGACUUCAAAACAUCUUUGUAAGCCUUAUCUUGGAAAGCAGCAAUCUCACCACUACUCUACCCAUCGUCAACCCCUCCAUACCCCGCCAUCCAAUCUUCAAGAUGGUCAGCGAACAGGAAUAUGCGCUGGAAGAAGUCAACACCACGAGGAUCGCACCAGGUGACAUCGACAAGACGUUCCGCUCAAGCAGCAUAGACUUGAUCUCAGCUGCCCUGGGUGGAAAGAUUCUCGCCUUUUCAGAUGAGUGGUUUGCCGAGGCCUCCAAUCUGUUGACGCCCACCCCUCCCAUCAGACAGCCGGGUAAGAUGGUCUACACCGGAGCAUGGUACGAUGGCUGGGAGACGAGACGCCACAAUCCCGAACCCUUUGACUGGGUUAUUGUCCGCCUUGGUGUCGCCUCUGGAACUGUCGAGGGUGUCGAGGUCGACACGGCCUUUUUCUCCGGCAACCACGCUCCCUCAAUUUCAGUGGAGGGGUGCUUCAACCUCAAUGACGACGAAGUCGUCUCAUGGAAGGGAGACAGAGGCCAGUGGGAGACCAUUCUUGGCAACGAGGAGUGUGGACCCUCGCAGCGUUUUGGAUGGAAGCUGGCCGAGCCCAAGAAGAAGCAGUAUACCCACGUCCGUCUUAACAUGUAUCCAGACGGAGGCAUUGCGAGAUUCCGUUUGUUCGGCCACGCCGUGCCUGUCUUCCCCGAAGACAAGGAGGCCAUCUUUGACCUAGCCGCGGCGCAGAAUGGGGGUGUCGCCAUUUCGUGUAGCGACCAACACUUUGGUACCAAGGACAACCUCCUUCUGCCAGGCCGCGGCAAGGAUAUGGGCGAUGGCUGGGAGACGGCGAGAUCGCGGACUAAGGGCCAUGUCGACUGGACGAUUGUUCGCCUCGGAGCUCCAGGUUACGUGCAGAACGUAGUUGUUGACACGGCGCACUUCCGCGGCAACUUCCCGCAAAAGGUCAAGGUCGACGCCCUUUCAUGGAUUGAGAGUGGCGAACCUGGGGCGGACGCUGCCGGCUGGACGGAGGUCGUAGCCCCAAGCAAGUGCGGCCCAGACCAGGAGCACGACUUCCCGAGCGCAGUCAAGACCAAGGCUAUGACACACGUCAAGAUUACCAUAAUUCCGGACGGAGGAGUCAAGAGACUGCGUGUCUUUGGAAAGAGGGCGUAGACGUCAAAUGAGGGGAAGCACAAGGAGGGGAGGUAUGGAAAUUAAACCAAAUGAAGCAUAAAGAAGGGGGGGAAACCCAUUCCUCUGUAUCAUUACCCAUUACCCCCCGCAUGUCCAUCGGCGUGUGCCUUGUUGCAUGCAGUGCUUGAAGCUGUUGUGACUUCGAUGUACGAGCUGGACAUAGUGCUUACUUAUUAUCCAACCCUUAUUCUUCCCUCGAGGUCUUAAAAAGGGACGAUAGGAGGUCAAAGAGACAUAUGACAGACAUAUCACACAGG